GUAUCGUAUCGUAAUCUUAAUUUAACAGCUCUGCACUUGCGACUCGUUUUUUAAAACCUGUUAGGAGUAAUUUUUUGCCAUGUGCUGAAAAGGUGGACAUUCUGUUGUGUUUCUUAUAUGAAAGAAGAAGCUGUCUGUGGUCAGUACCUCAGUACAAAAGGAUGAUUGAAUUGUAACUUCCGAGUACUUAAUCAAUAUCAUGGAGUUUAAUUGGCGCGUAAGACGCCGAAAGUAUUUAGUCAUGCGAUGUCCGAAUCCAAUGCAAUCUAACUAUGUACGAGUAUAAGAGAAAAAGUGUUUUCUAGCCGCAAGUAAAUUUUCUGAAAUGUUCGAACCACGUGUAAAUGGAACACGGGAGCUUUAAUAGCCUCCAAACUCACCCGCCGUGACAAAACCUUCACUGUUGGACAAUGUUCAGUGUAGUUCCCGCAAUUAAUUAGUAUAACUUAGCAUUGACUCUUCUCCAACGCAGUGGAAAGAUAAAAGUCAUAAAAGGCAGGUUGUGCUAUUUACUUCUCUCGAAUAAAUUGACUCCACCUUAUGAUUAUUUGUAUAUAUAUGGCUCAAUGUACUCAUUUGUGUUGCCACUGGUGAUACAUUUACUAAAUACAAGAAAAUUUACCUACAGCAACUAGUCACGCUUACAACGCUUGCCUAAAAAGGCCCGCCCGUAAUUAAUAAACACAAACACUGGCGCUGAAAUAUCGGAAGACGAGAUUAUACCAUUUAAGAAGACAGCGAUCAAAAUAAAACACAAAUGUUAAAUAAUACAAUAAAAAAAUAACACAGGUACACACACACACAUAUAUGUACAUGUAGUUCGAUAUGAUGUGAGUGAAAGCGUUGAGGAAAACGAAGCGGUUGACGUUGUUGGCAUCGGUGCUGUGGGCAUGGCAGUCGAACAUUGAGUGAGCGAGGUGAUGAAACCAGUGUUAAGGGAAAAUUGAUGAAAAAUUACACUGCUUUAUAAUAGCAUUUUACGCGCUUUUAUUUGGGGUCGCUUGCCUUGUUUGUUUUUAAAGCGGAGCAAAUACUUUUGGUGACACAGAUCCCACGAUAUUAAGAAGUUGGCAGAGGCGAUGAAAAAGUCUCUUACAAUUGGAACAAUUGGAACAAAUGUAACAACAAAAUUAAUUCAAUAUUAACAAAGAGCAAUGUUAACAAGGCAACAGGUUUUACAUCCUUGACCGUGUGUGAGAAAUGCGUGAGCACAGCCACACAACACCUCGUCGACGAGGUCCAAAGUUGCCUCUACCAGUUGCUCGACGAGAACAUUACGGAGAACAUUUUGAAGUGUCGGAGUCACCAUAUUACACCAUCGACAACACAGAAGAUAUUUAUGGCACAACUCUUUUGCCUUCACAACGUUGUUAUGUGGAUCCAUGGGAUUUGGAAAAUUAUGACUAUGUCAGAAAAAAGCUGAGUUCCACUCCAGUACGUUCUUCGCCUGAACCUUAUUAUGACACGUCACUUUCCACUAGUCCGUAUUAUAAGUUACGCUCGCCGUCACGAGAGAUCCAGGAGGAACUACCAGUGACACCGUCACAUCGCCUAGCUGCCACCAUGCCUCGUAAUCGGCGUCGCUCCCACUGGAACGAGGCAUGCCAACUAGAUUGUUGCACAUCACCAGUGCCAAUGAUACGUCGUCGUCGCUACGAAGAUAGUCGCAGUGAGCUCUAUGGUGUGGGCCGCGGAAAGUAUGAGGAUUACAUGUCGUAUAUGAUGAUGAAUUUAGAAGCAGAAGAAGAUGCAUAUACUGGUUAUGGAGGUAUCUCUUCAUCCUCCUCUACUGAAUUGCACAGCUCCAUCGGCGAGGAACAUAUCCAAACAUCGACAAUGAUAUCGAACAAAACGUCUGGAUAUGAUGCUACAGCUCGACGACGCAGUGGCCCGUCAUAUGAAAAACCAGCUCCGCAUUUAGAAUUCCCUGCUCCACCAUCGCUACCCCCACCUCCUCUUGCUUACGACUACUCUAACCCCUAUGCAACCUUACCAUAUUGUAGCGUAUCAGAGUGUUAUGAUUGUUCGAUGAUAUACGCCACCUCUCCUUCGAUGUACGGGUACAUGGAUGCGAGCAAUAAAGGGAGUACAAUUUAUGGUAGUACCGUAGGGCGAAGACCAUCCUCGUCGCUCUGCAGCGGAAUUUACGGGAAUAAAUUCGGGUUGAGCAAAAAAGGUCUUCUCCAAAUCGACUAUUCGUGCAGUUGGAAUGAUCUGGAUCGUAUUAUCAGAAGCCACUACUAAAGCAAAUCAGCAUCAUGAGCUGAAUCACAUAUUAAUUAAAUUCGGAGAUUAUUAAUCAUAUCGUUAUUGUUGUAAAAUAUGUAUCACAUCUUCAUUCAUGUUGUUUUAUUAUUAUGAUAGUGUUUAAAGCGGUAGGCAAACCAUUAUUAAGUCACAUAGUACCAAAAAAAUAAAACUUUAU